AUGCCUGGAGUCCUGAAAUCGAGCAAUCGAGAAAGUAUUUCCGAUAGCUCGAACAAAACUUUUUUCAUGCCAAACGACCUGCAAGAGUUGCUGCAACGCACGGACACCGGCAGAGCCAUCUUGCGACACGCUGUACACGGACCACUUUCGAAAGACAGCAAGAAAGAACUCUCAGGAAUCAUUGCUGAAGAUCAUUUAAAGCGAAAUGGGAGCCACGGCCGUUUUUCGAAAGAUUUUCUGAAAAACUACUCUAAAUGCAUUGAAUUGCUCUUGCCAAAUGAGAAGCAUGACAUGAUUAUGUAUUACAUUCCUGCUGCACCCCCCGAACGGCGAAACCAUGGCGGAAGCAUUCACCAGGCCUAUAAACGAUUGAAAAGGAGCGUCAGUGGAAGACAAGAGCGAGAAAAGGUUCAUCAAAGGAAAUUGAGUGGGAAAGAAAAUGCCUCUACGCCUGGCGUCACCAAGAGUGACACAAAUAUUGACAUGGCAACACGUUGGUUACAGCUGAAUGUGCAUCCCUGGGAUAUUGUGCUCAAGAUGUGGAAAGAAACGGUUCAGCCUCGUGUCGCCAGUAUCAGGAACCUGAAGUACCCCGAGAUUCUCGUGAAAUAUCCCCACUACAAGGAAGAGCUCGGAUAUCAUCUGAUCGAUGAAGAUUAUCGUGCCUUGGGAUACAAAGAAGGAAAGAAUAACUGGCAAAACGUAAUUGCCAAGCUAAGGACAUAUUUCAUACUCAAAGUUCGCAGUCAAAAUUCUCUUGUUGUACUGGAGUUUAUGAACCGUCCAAAGCAAUCUGAAGAUGCUCUCAUCUGCUGCUUUUUGAUCCUACUCAACUGCUGCGUGAAGCCAAGCAAAGUUACUAAGACCAUGAGGCCAGCUAUUUUGACCGCGCAGGAAGAUGUGUUGAUGUUUGCUGAGAGUUUGGACUCUGCGCGUCAGUCUAUUAGAACACUCUUCGAAGCCUACGCUACUCAAAAAAUUGUUCCACAUCCCAAAAUUGUCGCAAUUGGAGCUGAUUACACCUCCACGAAGAAAGAGUUCUAUGUGCUAUUUGAGGACUUAACUUACAAACUGGACUCAGCAGCUCGGGCUGUAGACGUCAUGAUUAAAUUGUGCAAUGUUUUGAAACUACCGUUUUCCAAAAUCACAAAGCUUGUGUGGUAUACUAUCGAAGAAAUCAUCUACGACAUCCGAGCGCCAGCUCAAUAUAAAGAAAUCGAAGAACUUAAGGCAAUAUGUCUAUGAACAACUCAAUUAGUUGUUUUGUUCAAGAUUGUCGAUACGUUUCCACACAAGCUUCACAAUAUUUGGCACAUUUAAAAACUCACAAUUUGGAAAAACCACUUCGAUUGGUCUGUACUUACCAUAAAUGCACACAGAAAAUGACAACAUUAUACCGA